UGCAGUUGUGUAGGCAACUGAACAAAGUCUUAUGUUAGGCGAAAAUUCUAUGAAACCAGGUGUUGGCUGUUGUUUUCAUUGAAUAGGUUAGAGAAAGAGUAGUUUCUUGUUAAAAAAGAGUCAGGGAGAAAAUCGAUUCGUUCAUAAAAAAGGUAGAAUCGAUCCUACCAGGCUCGCGAAAAAAAGCUGCAGGAGUUGAGUGAAUGUAGGUCGAUUGUUUAACCUGACGGGGAGGGCUGGGGUGGAGCGCUUCUGGGAAACAGCAUUCUUUCUUGUGAAACUCACAGAGUGCUGCACUUUCUGUUUAGCUGAGAUAUUAGCUGUGUAGGUCUGCAGAGGAGAAUGUCAGGAGUUUACAUGACAACUCUGGUACAGAAGGGUCCGGGACUGUAUGAAGCUAUGGGUAACAACAUUAUCCUCCCUUACUCUGGGCACAUUCCUGGCGGCAUCCAUGUUGGAACGGAUGUUGUGAUAGCUGGCAGGACUCACCCAAACUUUGACAGAUUCAGCAUCAACUUGUGUGUUGGCCCCAACUUGGACCAAGAUUGUGCUCUUCACUUCAACCCGAGGUUCAACGAUGGAAAGGUUGUCAGGAAUCACAAGCAGGCUGGGAACUGGGGCAGUGAGGAAACUUCUGGAGGGAUGCCAUUCAGACGUGGACAUAAUUUUGAAAUGCAUGUUAAAGUAACACACCAGGGUUAUGAAAUAAAAGUCAACCACCACCACUUUUGUACAUUUUUCCACCGACUACCCAAAGAGAGUGUACAGUAUGUCCACAUUGCAGGUGACUGCAACAUUACAUUUAUUCAGUUCCGUGGAGCACCAUCUUCUUUCCCGGCGGUACCCAGCUAUGUUCCUCCUUCAUUCCCAGCUGCCCCAAGCUACCCAGCUGCUCCAUCAUAUCCAACUGGCCAAAGCUAUCCCCCUGCUCCAGCAUAUCCUGCCACAGGAGGUCCUAUCUACAACCCACCAGUACCUUUUACAACUCCCAUCCCAGGGGGACUGUAUCCAGGAAAAAUAAUCUACAUCACAGGAGUUCCUUUCCCUAACCCAAGCAGAUUUACCAUCAACCUGUCUUGUGGCCCCUUUGAUUCAGCAGACUUCGUCCUUCACUUUGAUGCCAGAUUUAACUUCGGUAGUGACAGGAACCAGGUGAUCAGGACACACAAACAGUCUGGUACCUAUGGGUCAGAGGAAAGGCACAUGAGUUACUUCCCCUUCUUCCCUAACACCAACUUUGAGCUGAUGAUCCUGACAGAACAAAGUGGCUUUAAGAUCGCAGUGAACAACCAACAUUUCACAGAGUUUUACCAUAGGAUUCAACCAUUUCAAAGAGCAGACCAUGUGAUAGUGACUGGGGAUGUGAGACUGACGCAAGUCCGCUUUCAGUAAACCACAUUUGUUGUUAAACGGAGAGGCACUGUGCAUUGUUGACUGGUACUUUUGUCAGAUUUAUGUUGGGAUAUUUCAAUUUAUGUUUCAUAUUUUCCUGUUAUACACAUGAAUAAAGUAUACUUAUUUUAUCUUUAAACAAACUCUUUAAGUGUUAGAACAUUUUUACUUUGCUUUGUAAACUAAAAACGAAAUACAUUUUUAUACAUGUGUUAAUUUCUAUCUUUAUAACUUGUCACAAAUUUACAUGACUACCCACAGGAUUAGUUUGACAAAUAUAUAAGUACAUAUAAAAUAUGUAUACCUGUACACAUUUUUAUUGUUAGCUUGUAAUAGCCUAUAUUCAUGUGACAUAAUUGAAUCUAUUUAAAAUGUUUUUAAAAUAAUUUCUAGACAUUGUUUUGCAAUUUUUAAUACUAGAUCUUAUGUAAUCAAAACAUUGUGUAACCUUGCUAUGUGAAUGUGCAGUGACCAACUGCAGUAGCUUGUUAAUAUUGUAAAAUGAAAGACACCCAUGACCCAACACAAUAAAUCAACAUCCUUGUUUUAUAACCAAGAAAAAAGUUUGAAUUCAAGUGAUUGUACUUUAAAACAAACAUUGUAAAUCUUAAUUUGUUUUAAGUUUUAUUAUUUUAAUAAAAAGGGAAACAACUCA